UUUUUUUUUCCCCUCCUCCUCUUUCCAAAGAUAAAGGAACUAAUACCUGAUCCCAAACUGUAAAUCUUGCCUUUUCCCCUUUCUGUCAUUUUCUCUACAGGAGUGUAUUUCUACUUUUAGCUGAAAUAAACAUCUUACUUAGAAGAUUAACAAAGACAAUUCCCUUAUGGUGGGACCUGCCUUUUUCAAGUUAUUCUGAUGCUACUGCUCUGUUUUUGAUGAGUCCACUAUCUGGAAGUUGAGUAUUAUGAAACAUAAUUGAUGGACUUUGAUGGAUUUUCUUUUCUGUGUGUAUGAUUUUUUUUUAAAUCCAAAUAUGCAGAAUAAUAAACAAACUGGAUAAACUGUCUUGAAUUUUUUAUAUGCUACUGUAGUCAAGAAAAUAACACUGCUAGGAUUUUCUUUACUGUGUUGCUAAUGAUGUUUGGAUGUCCAAAACUUCACCUUCCUGGAAGGGUGGUGAUAGGUUUUUAUUUUGCUUUCAGAAUUUAAACCAAAGAAAAAUGUAAAGCUGUCAGACAUAAUAAAUAUCUAUACUCUGGAGUAUAGUGAUGGUCAAAUAUUUUUAAUUUUAAUGUGUCUAUUUAGGAAUAUAUUUAUUUUGAUACUAAAUUAUGUAUCAUCUAUAUAGAGGAGAGAAGAGUGCAGUGAAAUAAUAAACAAAAAAUAUGAGCAGCUUUAAUAUGAAGAAUGCUACGCACUAAGGCCAAGGUAAAUUAGCAGAGUCCUCCUUGCAGCCUUUGUCUUAGUUUCUGGUGUGACAGGAGGAUAUUAACUGCUGAUAAAAUCAGGGUAGGAAAGCAGUGCUUCCAUUAAAAUGUUACGGCUUUGGAUAUUGAAGCAGACCUUACUUUUUCCUCUUUUUCCAGCAUCAAGAAAGUGAUCCAUAUCUUAUUUGUUUGAAAACCAUUAGUCACGAUUCUAGAGAUAUAGCUAAUUACUUUUAACUAAAAAUAAUAUUUUUGAUAAAGCUGUGCUGUUUCUCCUGGGAAUUGUUUUAAACUUCCUACAUGCCUACUACCAAUUUUCUGCAAUACAGCUUGGGAGGAAUUUGUGCUGCACUGUUCAAUAGCAACAGGUCUGAAGAGUAUCAUGGAUGAAAUUCUCAAGGGUCUUUAUGUCAUGGUUGGAAAUGGAAUCAUUACUGUAUUUUUGAACUCCUGCUAACGUCAUUGACACCCACCUACAGUCUACUAGAAAUAUAAGUGCAGAGAUCAGGUUGUUCACAGAUUACGAGGAGACCAACCAAGAAGGGGCAAGCCAACGCCAAAUUCCCUGUGACAGCUCUGUAGGAUUUAAGGAGUCUGUCUGUCCUUACAGACAGUCUGUUCAUCUCCAGCAUGAGGAAAAUGCUGCUCCUGGGUCUGUAUGUAGUAUUGGCUGUGAGAGGACUGGCAAAGGGUGCUCCUUCCCAACCAGAAGAGAAAUGGAAGCCUCUUGAUAACCCCAGAAACAGAGACCUGUUUUUCAGAACGCUCCAGGCUUACUUCUCGGGCAGGGGUCUCGAUCUCAGGAAGUUCCCUGCUACUUUCACUGUGAACAAUGAAGGACCAAGGCCUCUUGUGUUCUACUCAGAUCCUAUUGCUUCUGCAUUUGCAGAUUAUGAAGAAAGGAAAAAAUCUUUUCAGAACUAUUUCAAAGGCUGAAAGAUUCUGCUGAUGAAGGUGUUAACUUCAGAACUCCAUACCAAGUGGAAACCUUCACAGCAAAUGUUACUGCUUUGACUUUUAAACUGUUACUUGAAAAUUCAAAAUUUUAUUCAUUGUCACCUUUUCUGCCAAUGGAAUCUGGUGUCCUGCUGUAAUGAGCAUUAUUCUGUCUAUUGACAAACGUGUGCUCUUCAGCUGCUGCGGUUUGUGAGCAGAAUUGUGCUUAAGUGUGAAUAAAUGAGGAGUGCAACAGCAUGCAUCUAA